CGCUGCACCGCUCCUCUGACAUGUGAGCCAUGGACGACUGUGAGCUCUCCCAGUACCGCGACAUGCUCGUCGACGGCGAGCUGCCGCUGGACCUGCGCCCGCCGCCGCGCCUCUACCUGCCGCACUACCUGCGCCACGAGCGCGACGACUUCCCUCCCGAGGACUCCUACGUGUCCGUGGACGAGGACGCGCCCGACCACCCGCCGCCGUCCAGCGACUCGGAGCGCUACGACGCCUCCAGCCCCAGCGACACCAAGCCCAGCUCGCCCAAGAAACCUAAACAGAAAUCGUCGUCGCAAUUGAUUAAACCGCCGUACUCCUACAUAGCGCUCAUCACCAUGGCGAUACUGCAGUCGCCGCACAAGAAGCUCACCUUGAGCGGGAUAUGUGAGUUCAUCAUGACGAGAUUUCCGUAUUACCGCGAAAAAUUUCCCGCGUGGCAGAAUUCGAUCCGACACAAUUUGAGUCUGAACGAUUGUUUCAUAAAGAUUCCGCGGGAGCCGGGAAAUCCCGGCAAAGGAAAUUAUUGGACUUUGGACCCUUUGGCGGAGGAUAUGUUCGAUAACGGCAGUUUCUUGCGGCGAAGGAAGAGGUACAAGCGGCCGGCGCCGUCGCUGCAGCACGCGCACGCAGUGGUGGCGAUGCUGGCGCGGGAAGCGUACGCCCCGCUGCUGCCGCUGCCGUGCUACCUGCCGCCGGCGCCGCUGCUGUCGCUGCCGCGCCCGCCGCCGGCGGCGCUGCGGCCCGUCCCCUUGCCGCCCCGAGUGCCGGAGACAACGGAGAUGCGGAGCAAGAGAUCAAGGAACGGUUUCUCGAUCGAGUCCAUCAUCGGCUCGCAGGACAGCGAGGUGCCGGAGCCGCGACGCAGUGCGUUCUCGCCACUGCACCAGGGCAGCAGCCCGCCGGACGACUGGGCCAGAUGAAUGUUCGAACACGGGUGCGUUUCGAAUUAUUUCUAACGACCCGCCGGAGUAACGUCCUGGACAAUUAUCAGUGUUGUAACGAAGGCCUUGUAUAAAUGUAAAAUAAUUCAUUAACGAUUCUGCCUUCCCAUUAUGACCAAAGCUAAUAGUUACCACACCUACGUAUUUUUGCAUCUUUCGCGUAAGUACACACAGAAGUCUUCUCUCUUUCUUGCCUCUAGGUUAACACUAAUUGUAUAUUAACUUAAAUUUCGUCCGACUUUGCUUAAGUAAAAACAAAAUAUUUGAUAAUUAAUUGAUAAUUUAUAAAUCGCGACUUUUGUACUUUCUAAAACGUAAUUGAGAUUUAUUUUUUAUUGUUUAUCUAAACUGAAAGAAGAGACAAAUACCUAAGUACUUAUUAAAUCUUAAGAUAUUAUUUUAUUGUGUACCUAUUUAAAACGACUAUUAUUUUUAUAAAAGUGUUAUUUUCGUUAUAUUAUAUAAUAUUUGUAUUGAUAUAUUAUUAUAUUGAAAGUUGCGAUGUCUAGUCAUUAUGUACAAAGUAGUUAACAAUUGUAAAUAAAAUGUAAAAUUAAUGAUAGUGUAGUGUUAGUUAGAUAUUGCAGUGAUGACUAUUUUGCCAAAUAAAACUUGUAUCAUAAUAUUAUCUUUAUUAGUAGUGUAACUUUGUGUAUCUAAUUUAAUUUAAGAUUUAAUAGGAUAAAAUAUAAGCUAUAAAUACUGCAUAA